UCCACCUACUGCAACUGUUCCCAUAAACCUGGCAACAGUCAGAAAACUGCCCAGCCAAACGCCCAUGAGAUUCAUACAACUCAAUACUCUCUCUGCAUUGUGACUGAUGAUCACAGAAGCCAAGGCUACUAAAAGAAGACUAGCAUUUCAUACUUGGCUCCCAGCUUUUAUCUUUCUUCUGACCAUUUAAAACUUCAAACGACCUGCCUUUCUGAUAUCAUGGAGAAAGUCCAAUACCUCACACGCUCAGCUAUUAGAAGAGCCUCAACUAUUGAAGUGCCUCAACAAGCACGUCAAAAUUUUCAGAACCUAUUUAUCAAUUUCUGUCUCAUCUUAAUAUGUCUCUUGCUGAUCUGCAUCAUUGUGAUGCUUCUCUGAAGUUCACUACAGCCUCCAGAUCUACAAUAUACCGCAUCAGUCUAAAAUCUGUCACACCAUGAAGAGGAAGAAACAAUACUGUCUAACAGACCACUUCCUGAGUAGAAGAAUUUCUUUGUGAGAAGGUCGAGACUAAAACACACCAUUAGCAAAUAUAGUCAUCUGUCAAAUCCUGUAAACAUGAAAAGGGCUUUAUUUUCAAAAAUUAACUUUUAAAUGACUAUAAUACAUGUUUAUGAUGUAACUGUUGAUUUCCUCGACAUGCUUAUAAAUUUCUAUCCCAAAUCUUUUCUGAAGACGAAGUACAAAUUUA